CCUAAAUGCAGAACUAGCAUGAAGAUUUUCCUGCUGGGUCAGAGCCAUCUUCUAACAUCUGCUUGAUCUUUGCCAACAGACUCAAGAUACUCAGAACUGUGAUCUGGAGGGGUUUAUUGUAAUAUUUCCAUGGCCAAAGGCAACCAUUCAGCAGUGACUGAGUUCAUCCUCUUGGGACUCACAGAUAACCCAGACCUUCAAGCCAUUCUCUUUAGUGUCUUCCUAGUGAUCUACUUAAUUAGUGUCCUGGGUAAUCUUGGUUUGAUUGUGCUAAUCCAAAUCAGUCCUCAGCUUCACACACCUAUGUAUAUUUUUCUCAACCAUCUGGCCUUUAUUGAUUUUUCUUUUACUUCAUCUGUCACCCCAAACACCUUAGUGAACUUUUUGUGUGAAGUUAAAAGUAUAACAUUUUAUGCGUGUGCCACUCAGGUGUGUUGUUUUAUCACAUUUGUAGUUUGUGAACUCUACUUGCUUUCCAUCAUGGCAUAUGAUCGGUACGUUGCCAUCUGCAACCCUUUACUCUAUGUCGUUCUCAUGCCUAGGAAACUCUGUACUCAACUGGUUGCUAGCACAUAUGUUUAUGGUUUUAUUGUGGGUCUUGUACAGACAGUGAUGACAUUCCGUUUGUCUUUUUGUGACUCCAAUAUGGUCAACCACUUCUACUGUGACGAUGUCCCUUUGGUUGCUUUGGCCUGCUCUGACACUCAAGUCAAAGAGCUGAUGUUGUUAAUCGUUGCUGGGUUCAAUACACUUUUCUCUCUACUGAUUGUGUUAAUUUCCUAUGGCUUCAUUGUCUUAGCCAUCCUUAGGAUCCACUCUGCUGAGGGAAGACAGAAAGCCUUUUCCACCUGUGUGUCCCACCUGACCUCCAUCACAAUAUUUUAUGGGACUGUCAGUUUUAUGUACUUACAGCCCAAAUCAAGCCAUUCUCUGAACACAGAUAAAUUUGCUUCAGUGUUUUAUGUGGUGGUGAUUCCCAUGCUAAACCCACUGAUCUACAGCUUGAGAAACCAGGAGGUAAAAAAUACACUGAAGGGAAUUAAGGAAAAGUUGUGUUUGGCUAUCAGAUAAAUGAAGAAUCAUAGGGCAAGGAUCAGGAAACUUAGAGUUAUGUCUCGUCUAGUGUCACAGAGCUGGCAAAUGACAAAUGACAAAACCCCCUUACUUCGAGUGUUCAAGCACAGUUUUUAAGGAAUAGCUCUGUAGACUCAUGGUGAGUCUCACCCACUGUUUAUUCCCAAUGAUUUCCACACAAAAUGAGAUUUGUAAAGAUUAUUAGAGUUUUUGAAAGGAGAGGAAAGGAGAGGGAGAGAGAGAGGAAAAGAGGAGAGAGUGCAAUCCCUUUUGACCAUGAUAUUCUUCAUCAAUAAAGUAUUGAGAAAUACUUAUUUUAUCUGAAAUCCAUGUGAUAUUGAGAAACUUGAAUUAGAGUAAAAUAGAUCAACAUCUGCUAUUUUAAUUUGCAAACCUACUGCAUAGAUUAUCUGGAAAACAUGCCAACAUUUAAAAGCAGGAAUUUUGGGUUCAAAUACUCUGGGUAAUUUUCCCAACACUCUACUUUCUCUGCAUCCCACUGGUAACAGUAACACUAAGAGAGUUACCAUGACACUGAACAUUUAGUGAGUGGCACCAAUUCCGUAUCAGUUUAGCUCAUUGGAGCCCCUUACUGUCAUUAUAAUUCACUGCCUGUUAUAUGUGCACGUGUGGUUAGGCCUAGUCUAUGUAAGUGUGUGGUUAGAACUUGGACUCUUCAUUCGAACAGUUUGGCUAAGAAUUUUAGCGUUUCCAGUUAAUGUGAUGAAUGAAUUAGUUCACAUUUGUGUAUCUCAACUGCCUCAUCUGCAGAAGGCAGUAAUAGUUCCUUUCUCUUAGACUGAUUGUGAAGAUUAGACCAGGCUAUAAAUAUGAAAGACAUUGCACAGUUCAUAAAUGUUGGCUACUACAUUUAAUCCUUAACAUUAUAAUUGCAUUAAUGAGUCCUUUGAUUUGGUCUUAGAAAAUGGAGUAGCCUGUUUGGAAAUAGUUGCCAACUUGAAAUACUUCAUUUUCAAAUCCACAAAAUUAAACUAUGAAAACCAAAAAGUUAUUUUCUUUUGAUCAUUUAAAGCAAUUCAACGCUUUUAAAUUUAUGUUUAUGUGAGUUAAUGAACAUCUUUUGAACUGAUUUUUUAUAGGGGGGGCAGUUCCCUCAUACCUACUACUCAAUAUUAUUGAUAAUAUGCAUCAUUUUCUGAAAAAAAAAUUGAUUCAUUCUUGUUAUAUUUAGUAAAGGUUAGAUUAAUAAAUUAUUAAUUUACUCACUUAUGAGUAUUUAAAAUAAAAUUAGAGCAAACAUCAAUUGGAUUUUUUGUUGUGUCAGGUGUUUAGUGCAGUGCUUUAAACCAAUGGUCUCAGUCAAUUUUCAUAAUACCCGGCUGAGAUAAAAUUCUCCAUUCUAUCAAGAGAAUAUGGUAGUUUAUGUAAUAUACUAACAUGCACAUAGCUAAUAUCUGGAAGAACCAAGGUUUGAAUCUAGUUUUGUCAAAUCAGAAAGCUCAACUUUUAAUUACUUUUCUAUUCUUCCAAGUACAGUUGAACACUGUUGAAAUAUUUUUUAAAAAGUGCAUGUUGAUUCACAAAAUCACUCAGAAAGUAUAUUUCAGCAAAAAUUUUUUGUAAGCUCAAAAAUAUAUGUGAGCCUGAGUCUGGCACAAAACCUGGACCUUCCCCCCAUAUUACUCAUAUAAAUUGAAAAAUAAAGUGAAGGAAAAGGUCACCAUACAUAGUGGCAGAGACCUUCUGUCUUCUUUAUCACCCUUUUGUCUAUCAGUGACGUUAACUUCAAAUGUGU